AAACACAACGUGUGCAGUUAGCGUCAGCACAGAGGCGAGAAACAAGUGCAGUGAUAGGCUCUGGACGCUUGUGAGACAGCCUAUAAAGCUCACUGACAUAACAGACAUAUUUUUUCCCUUGUUCAAGAAUUAUGAGCUCCACUUAUGACCCAUGCUAUGUUUGUCUCACGUUCGUUGCAUUGUCGGAAUCAGUAUUAAGCGAGUGUUGUGGGGGUAAAACAUGCAAGGAGUGUCUUCGCUAUCAUAUAGAGGAAAAGGUUACUCAGGGCAUCGUGCAGAUAAUAUGCCCAUUUGAGAACUGCGAUGGAGUUCUUUCUGAAACUGUUAUCAAGGAAAUUUCAGAUGAAGAGAUUUGGAAAAAGUACGUAAAGUUUAAAGUGGAUCGCGAUCCAAAUUCGAGCGUUAAGACUUGCCCUAAUUGCGCGAUGGUUUUCAGAAAACAGCCUUUAAAGGAACAAGAUCAGCAAAACGUGUGCGCAACAAAAUCCAAGAAAAAAGAGAAAAAGGAACAAAUUUCCAAAGAUUGUAAAAUAGUUUGUGAAGAAUGUAAAUUCGUGUGGUGCUUUGACUGUCAUGCCCCGUGGCAUUAUGGGAUAUCCUGUGAGAAGUUCUGCAAAGGAGACACCUCGUUGAGAAUCUGGGCGAGAAAUCGCGGGGCUCUCACACGGAACGCGACACAAUGCCCGAAAUGCCGGGUGUACAUCCAGAGGAUAUCGGGGUGCGAUAGCAUGGCCUGUUCUAGAUGUCAGACUCAGUUCUGUUACAGAUGCGGAAGGCAUUUCCGUGGUAACCGUUUCCUUGGCGACCACCAUGACGCACUAAGCGUAUUUGGUUGCAAAUACAAGUAUAAGCCUGACAACCCGACUCAGAGAAAGGCUGCGAGAGGGGCCCUUCUCAGCGCUAAGGUCUUGGCGCUGCCCUUUGUAGCUGGCGCCGCGGCGGGGGCUGGUUGCGUAGUACUGGGUCUAGGGAUCUUUAUAGUCCCUGCCUAUGUCUCUUACAAGGUUAUAAAGAAAAGGAAAAACGCUAAAUAAUUAGAGUUUGAUUCCUUAAAAAGUUGCAAUGUUUCCUCCCAUUGUGUCCAUUUCCUCCAGUAAGUUAAAUGUGCUUGUUCUUCUUCAAGUUUGUUUGAUAUUAUAAAAACGACUGUACUGUAUUUUAAUAAAUAAAGAUAAUCAAUUGGUUGGCUGUUUGCCAAA